ACACACACACACACACACACACACAAAGGAGGAGUUCUCGCUCCUCAGGAAACCCUGCAAGCUCGGAUCGCUACUAAAAAAACGUUUGUCUCAGUGGAUUAUCCUUACUGUCAGCAGGAGCCCAGUCAGAAUGAAACUAGUUCACGUAGCUCUGCUCUAUCUCGGCUCUGUGACCUUCUUCGGGGUGGAUGCUGUAAGGGUGGACGUAGCGACAGAGUUCAAAAGAAAAUGGACGAAAUGGGCAUUGAGCCGAGCCAAGCGGGACGUGAUACCUGCGGGAGUGCUCCGAGGGCUGGGGACAGCCGCCGACGUGCUGCCUCUCAUACGUACCCAGGACGUGAAGAAGGAUUCCCGAGUCUCUUCUCCCAGCAGCCGGGAGGAUGCUCACAUCCGCGUCAAGCGCUACCGCCAGAGCAUUAACAGAUUCCCCCACUUCCAAACCAACCGCUCGGCUUGCCGCCUCGGGACGUGCACCCUGCAUUGGCUGGUCGACGAGCUCCACAGGGCGGCCGUCAACGAUAGGAACGAUGCCGCUCCCCCCAAUAAGAUCAGCCCCCAGGGCUACGGCCGUCGGCGGCGUUCCCUGCCCGAGCGCCGCAGCCCAGCGCGCUCUCCCCGCUCCGGGCGGAGCCCACGGACGCGCAGCGAGCAGCUCCUCGCCCCCUUCUUCGGAGUCUGAGCGCCGCAAGACCC